AUGUCUGCUCCUACCGGCCCCACUCCAGGUGCAAGCCCAGAAGGCACGCAAGUCCCUACAAACCAACCCCCAAACCCAAUUGUAGUCAAUGUUGCCAACUAUGUCCGCUCCUUGAAGGAACUUAAAGCCAGAACUGGAUUGUUGAAUAACAAAGAAGAUGUCGAGUUUUUCCGCUUCAAGAGACUCCGCAGAGUGCUUACCAACGACGCCUACAAAGCCAAGAGUGCCGAUGGCAAAAACAAACUCAUUCCCAUCAAUUCUGAGGAGGAGUUUGUGAAGCUCUUCGUUCUGAUGAUCCAAUCGCGUUUGAUCGUGCCAGUUUCCAAGCUACACUACGACGAGAUCAAGAAAGUGAAGGGCUGGAAACCCAACCGCAAAAAGCCCACUUUGCAGCCCUCGUCUCAGGCUACCAUGGAGCCAGAUGCCUAUUAUGCAUGGACAUACGCUAAGCCAAACCCUAUGAUGCUCGUGUACAGUAUUUUGAUGAUUGCGACUGUGUUCAUUGUGAUUUUGUUCCCAUUGUGGCCUAUGUUUAUGCGCACAGGUGUGUGGUACUUGUCCAUGGCUGCCAUGGGACUUUUGGGUCUUCUAUUUGCCACUGCCAUAGUCAGACUCAUCAUAUUUGUAAUUACAUACUUGGCCAUGCCACAAGCCUUCUGGUUGUUCCCUAAUUUGUUCGAGGAUUGUGGUGUGCUUGAGAGUUUCCAGCCAGUGUAUGGGUGGAGCGGAGACCUGUCCAAGAAAAAGAAGAAGUCGAAGUCGAAGUCGGAGGCUGCUAGCGGGCCUAAGAUUGAGGAGAUUGGCAGAGAUGAUGCAGAGGCUACAGGCUCGCAGCCAUCCACGUCGUCAGCUACCAAAAGAACCGUCACUUUGGAGGAAGUUGACGAGUAA